AUGGAUAUCGCUGCUCAACAUGUCUUUCUCUUUGGGGACCAGGCGGAUGCCCCGUUGCCCAUGAUUCGCCGAGUAGCCGAAAAGGCUCGCCAUUCUAAGAAUCUCCAAUCAUUCCUUCAAAGCGCUAUCGACAAUGUGCAACUGGAGGUUUCGAGACUUACUCCUGCGGAGCGAGAUACUAUCGGACCAUUCCACUCAUUGCAGGGCCUCACAAAUGCCUUGAAGGAAAAAUCCGACCGUCAUGGAAUCGCACAAAUGGUCUCAGUGUUUAUCGCACGUAUAGGAGAGUUGAUUCUACAUGCAGAAAACGACCCAGCCCUCCUGGACAGCUCGACGCCACUGCUCUCUCUUGGCAUUUGCGGCGGUCUUCUUCCUGCUGCAGCUGUUGCCGUGGCCACCAACAUCCACGAAUUGAUAGAGGUGGCUAGCUAUCUCGCUCGAGUCAACUGCCGAGUCGCAGUUGCGAUAUCUAGGCGCUCACUGGGGAUUGAGAGUGGGACCGGGAGUUGGGCGUUUUCGGUUCUAGGAAAAGAUAUUGUUGCACAGCUCCCGGAUAUCCUGAAUCAGUUCCACAGAGAACAGUCGAUCCCACGCCAUAGACGAGCUUGGAUUGCCGUCAGCACACCCACCUGGGCCACAGUCUUUGGACCCCCUUCAGUCCUUCGCAGAUUAAGAGAAACUUCCGCCCCGUUGCGAAAGAGUGAUACGUCUGAAUUACCGGCGUUCGGGGCGGUACAUGCGGCUCAUUUGGCGGCUCCCGAGUUCGAUGAUCUUGUGGACGAGAGCCCUUUACUCACCCGACCUCUCAAAACUGGCUAUAGGCUUCUUUCUGGAAGUAGAUAUGCACCUUAUGAUGCGUCUACCUUGAAAGACCUGCUUCCCCAAAUCAUGCUCGACAUCUUCCAGAAUGAAACAGAUCCGUCUCGUGUCUUCGAGGUGGCAGGUUCAUAUUUACGAAAGGGCGCAUCUCCUUCGCUCUACAUGCUGGGUGCUACUAGCUAUCUGGUUCUCCUACGCCGGUCUUUACACACUCAGGGGUUCAAGGUGGAUCUCAAGACCAAUCCGCCUAGUCUGCAGACCGCAGAGCUUCGUGGCGGUUCUGGAUCGGUGGCUGUUGUUGGCAUGUCCGGUCAGUUUCCGGGGGCUGCAAGUGUGGACGAGAUGUGGGACGUGCUCAUGCGGCGAGAAGAGCUUCAUCGGAAGAUUCCUACAGAGCGAUUCAACGCCGAUGAUUAUCUGGAUGAAACAGGUCGUGGCCUCAACGCGAUAACCACGGCUUAUGGUUGCUUUCUGGGGAGCCCAGGCCUCUUUGAUCAUAAGAUGUUCAACGUCUCGCCGCGAGAAGCAAUGCAGAUGGACCCCGGACAAAGGCUUCUGAUGCACGGCGUAUACACUGCUCUCGAGGAUGCAGGUCUUGUCACCGGUGGCACUGCAUCUGCAGACAACCGACGCAUUAGCACAUACAUAGGCGAUGGUAGUGACGACUGGCGAGAACUUCAGCAGCAGCACGGUGUGGACAAGUACAUUCUCCAAGGGACACAGCGGUCCUUCACGCCCGGGCGUCUCAAUCAUCAUUUCAAGUGGGAAGGUGCCACCUUCUUGGUCGAUUCGGCAUGCGGCUCAACCGCGUCUGCGGUAGGGCUGGCAUAUAGAGCCUUGAUCAACCGGGAUUGUGACACUGCCGUCGCAGGUGGGGCCAACAUCAUCGCCACGCCUUUCUGGCAGUCUGCCCUCAGCAAGGGUGGCUUCCUCUCCACGACCGGAGGCUGCAAGACAUUCCGAUCCGACGCCGAUGGUUACUGUCGGGGAGAAGGAGUCGGAGUGGUUGUGCUCAAGCGGCUGGAAGAUGCUCUCGCGGAAAACGACAACAUCAUCUCGGUCAUUCGUGGCUACGCUAGAAACCACUCGGCAGAUACCGUCUCCAUCACUCGACCCCACGUUCCGGCGCAGGAGCGCGCUUACCAAGCCGUUCUCCACAGUUCUGGCUUGGAGCCAGAUGAUAUUAGUUACGUGGAAAUGCACGGGACAGGAACCACUGCGGGAGACUCUGCCGAGCUAGAGUCUAUCGUCAAUGUUCUUGCUCAAAAGAGCACAAGGGCAACGCCAUUGGUAGUGGGGGCCAUCAAAGCGAAUCUGGGACAUUCUGAGGCAGCAUCAGGCAUUUCCUCCUUGAUUAAAGCAUCCUUCAUGUUUCGCAAGGGAGUUGUUCCUCCUCAAGUAGGAAUUCCCGAGAAAAUGGGGGUUUUUGACUGCCUCGACCGUGGCUCCGUCCUCAUCCCUGGCGAGCCAGUUUCUUUCACACGACAAAGUGUUGGCAAGACGCGGACCAUGAUAGUGAACAACUUUGAUGCUGCUGGGGGCAAUAGUUGUUUUGUAUUGGAAGAACCUCCUACAUCUUUACCGAAAGGCUCUGAUCCUCGUCGCUAUCAUGUCGUUACUGUUUCGGCACACUGCCAAGCCUCACUAGAUGGGAAUAAACGGCGAUUACUCCAGUUUCUCACCGAAAACAAUCAGACCAAUCUCGCAGACCUGUCAUAUACAACGACGGCUCGCCGCAUGCAUCAUAGCUUACGCUCUGCAUAUACUGGCGAUAGUAUUCAAGAGAUCAUCAAUGGCCUGAACCGUGAUCUUGGUACAAAUAAUCGUGGUGAUGAUAAGACUGGGGAGCCUCGUCUCGCGUUCGCAUUCACCGGCAACGGGGCACACUACGCUGGCAUGGGAGCGGAUCUGUUCAAGCUUUGGCAACCAUUCCGGAAAACCAUCACUAGUCUUGAAAAGAGUUGCAUGUCACAUGGAUUUCCUCGGUUCGCACAUGUAAUCUCGGAUCCGGCUACGGCAAUGGAGAAUAUCAGCACAGCGCAGGUGCAUCUGUCCAUGAUUGCCCUGGAAAUCGCACUUGUAGACGUGUGGAAGCUCCUGGGCAUUUCUCCGGACCUCGUCAUGGGCCACAGUAUUGGCGAAUAUGCCGCGCUGUAUGCAGCGGGGGUGCUUUCAUCAACAGAUGCCAUGUACCUGGUGGGAACACGAGCAAUGCUCUUACAGGACAACCUGGAAGAGGGUGCCCACGGAAUGUUGAGCAUCUCAGGAACACAGCAAAACAUUGCAAACAUUGUCUCAGACGAGAGCGUCAUGGUCGACUGCGAGAUAGCUUGCCACAACAGCCCAGGCAUGGUAGUACUGGGCGGCCCACGACAACGGCUUGCAGAAAUCGAGGAGCAACUGCUCAGUGCAAGCAAGUGUAAAUGCAAAUUGCUAAAUGUUCCGUACGCCAUGCACUCCAGUCAACUGGAUAGCAUACUACCAGGAAUCCGUGAAGCCGCCCGGGGCGUGUGCUUUGGCACUCCGAAAAUCAAGGUUAUCUCAACUUUGACGGGCACAGAGCAGCAACACUUUGAUGGCAACUAUCUCGCGAGACAAACAAGGGAGGCUGUAAAGUUCACUCAAGCCAUAUCGCACUGCGUCUCGCAGGGUCUUGUCGAUUCGACUACGCUGUGGCUAGAAAUCGGACCCGCUCCAGUAUGCCUGGGACUUGUACGUUCAAACACCAGUGUGGCCUCGCAUCGUGCCAUGACUAGUAUGACGAAAGAAGAAGGGGGGUGGAAGUCUGUUUCGUCAGCUUUGGCAUGUCUCUACGUGGCUGGUAAGACAGUCGGCUGGCGGGAGUACCACAGCGACUUUAUCGACAGCUUGUCACUCAUCUCCUUGCCGUCAUACUCUUUCGACACACGGAACUUUUGGAUGCCCUUUACGGCUGGCAGCAAGCACGAAGAUGUACAGCUUAUUUCCUCGUGCUUGCAUCAUCUUGUGAAGCAGGAAGAUGACGGCAAAGAACAAUCGGCCACCUUUACGGCCAUGGUAUCUCAGCCGUCCUUACUAAGAAUGAUCCAAGGCCACAAGCUGUCGGGCAUUACCGUAUGCCCGGCUGGGGUAUUCGCUGAGAUGGCCCUUACAGCUGCCCGUUAUGUGCAUACUGGCGGGUCGAUGAAGACGCAAUUUCCAUUGUUUUCGGUACUCGAUCUCCAGAUUGAUCAUCCCAUCAAACCCCAACCUGACUCUCAGCCAGUCAUUCAGGUAAACGUCAGUAAGCCAAGACAGUCGGGAGACUUUGCCGUUUCCAUUAUGGAUCAAGCCAAGCCCUCUUUGAUCACAUCAAAGUGUUGCGUUCGCGAGAGAGAUGAGCAGGACUUCGACAUGACACGACAGCAACGACUUGGCGUGAUGUUGCCCAAGAUUUCCAAACUGAUGCAAGAUGCUGCGGUAGGGCUUGCGAACCGAUUUCAAGGAAAGCUCUUCUACAGGCUGUUCGCGAACCUGAUGGAUUAUGCUGGGCAGUAUGAAGGUGUACAGGAAGCCAUUGUAAACAAUGAUUUCACCGAAGCUCUGGCAACGAUUCGGCUUCCAAAGGGGCAGGACGCCAGUGAGUCGUGUACACUAUCGCCGUAUUGGAUCGACGCUCUCACCCAUCUGGCGGGUUUCCUGUUGAACGGCAACCCAAUGAGCAGCGGAGAUGAUGUCUACAUCGGAACUCAUAUGGAGCGUAUGGAGAUUGUGGCUAAGGACUUUUCUCCAGACGUCGUUUACCAGAGCUAUGCCUAUAUCGAGCACACGGAAGGGUCCGAUGACUACCGUGGGCAUGUCUAUAUCCUCAACGGUGAUGGCAUCGUGGGCUUCCUGGAAGGUGCGCGCUUCCGUAAGAUGCCACGGACAAUGCUGCACCGGAUUCUGGGCAAGGUUGAACCUGCGGCCACUACUACGAGUAGCCGGUCCAUUACGGCGGAGCCACCCGUGAAUGGCACCAGCGGCAAUAACGGUACCAACGGUAUCAACGGCCACCACAAGACGAUUGAGUCAGUGCUGGUCGAGCGUCUCAUGGAGGAAACGGGCAUGGAUGAGAGCGAACUUCAGCCGUCGACCUUCUUUGCCGAGAUUGGCGUCGACUCGCUCAUGUGCCUCUCCAUCCUGGCCGACAUCAAGGCCGAGACCGGUGUUGAGCUGAACGCCUCAUUCCUGCUGGAGUAUCCCACGCUCGGGGACGCACAGCGCCAACUGCGGACGAUGGAGGGCAAGCGUAAGCGUGAAAGGGCAGACUCGGCCACCGCCAAUGGUACAGGCGCGGUAGUGUUGAAUGGACAAAACGGCCUGUCCACCACCAAGCGCGAAUGCAACGUCGUCCUCAUGCAAGCACAAGGGCACACAUCUUCCAGCCCGCCUCUGUUCCUCAUGGCCGAUGGCGCAGGCUCUGCGGCGGCCUACAUGCACCUACCGAAGUUGCUAGACGUAGUAGACGGCGUCUACGCUGUCGAAUCGCCCUGGGUGCGCGACCCAGCCGAGUUCACCUGCAGCUUCGAAGAGGCCGCAGCGCUGUACCUGGCAGCAGUGCGGUCUAAACAGCCGCGUGGGCCGUACCUGUUAGGCGGUUGGUCGGGUGGCGGCGUGUUUGCAUAUGAGGUGGCGCGGAGGUUGCUCAAUGCAGGUGAGCGGGUGUUGGGGCUCGUUGUCAUCGACAUCCCCGCGCCCAGCCUGCAACUCCCAUCCUCCGGAGUGGUGGCAGAGCCGACCAUGGAAAUUAUUGAUAUGAUCGGUAUGCUCAGCGGCAUCGAGCGCAACUUCGCCAACAAGGCCGAGAGCCCUGAGGCUGCACGCCUCAAGCACCAUAUGCUGGGGACCGUCACGUGCUUCAGCCGCCUGGUACCCAUUCCCAUGCAGCCCCAUGUACGGCCCGAGCACACCUUUGUCAUUUGGGCCACCAAGGACGUCCUUCCCAAAGCCGCCUUCGAUGAGCUGCCUCCGGGCCUGGACGCUUGGUUCUACCCUAAGCCCCGUGACAUGGGUCCCAACGGCUGGGAUGCGCUCAUUGGUGACGCGGUAGAAUACUGUCAAGUGCAAGGCGAUCAUUUCUCCAUCAUGACGGCCCCCGAGGUCUUGGAGCUUGGUCAGGUUAUACAGGCUUCUCUUGAAAAGUGCAAAGUGUAGUGUUGCCUACGACGGCCCAAUUCCUACCGCGAUUUCUUUACUUAGAAUGUAGUAGGUACUAUUGAGCAGUUAUAAAUCGUAUAUGAGAAUGAAUAGGAGGCAUAGCCACUCCAUCAGUUAGAAGUCAUAUAGUUAUUUUAUCAAUUUAGAG